GUUUUCAGUACAGUCUAAACCUAAUACAGUUGAAUUAAACAGUACAUUUGAACAGUUAAUAUGAUAAAUAUUAAAAUAUUUAUUCUUUUGUUUAGUCUGACAGCAUACGUGGCGUGUAGUGGCAGUAAUGCAUCUGAAGAAGAAAUAAAUGAUCAUAUUAUCGACACUCCCCAAACCGAAGAAAGCGUUGUUGAAACUAAUAGGUCCGAACAUUGCGGUGAAGAAAAAUCGCAGACCUCUACAAAAUCACAAGGGCAAAAAUCAAAUAAUGCAAGCAGCCAAGAACGCGGAGUUAGUUGCUGUGGAUUGCAAUCAUUGUGGUCUAAAAUAAAAAACAUCCCGUGUAAUAACUGUCUUAAUAGAAAUUCAGAUUCGCAGACUUUUAAUCAGGGUGAUGAACUAUAUGAACAAAUGUAUAAUAACAGGGGUAAUACAGGAUAUGUAGUUUAUAAUCAAGGUAAUAAAUGCGCAGAAUUUUUUGGUGAAACACUCGUGUUCGACGGCAAAAUAGUCGAAGGAGUUAAUGCAACGGAGAGGCCAUUAGUGAUAAAAUGGGGUAACCGUGCACUGGAGGUCAACGGGGAAAGAAAAAUUGCAUUUAAAGGAAUAAGAGGAUCAGGAACCAUGAAUUUUUAAACAUUCAUGGAGCAAUAAAUCUAUAAUGAAACAUAAAAAUUCAAUGUAUAUAUUUCAAAAAAUUACAAACUGAUUAUAUCCUAAUAAAAAUGAUGAAAAUAAAAAAAUUUAUUAAAUACCGUAUU